UUGACCUAAUUGUGUUUGUAAAAAAUUGAGGGAUAUAUUUUAAAUGACUGUGAUUCAAUAAUUUUCUGUUUAUCAAAUUCGAAGAGAUGACCGGCAAAGUGGAAGUGACCUUAAAUAACUUUUUUAUCUUUAACUCCACUUACGGAAAUAAUGAAGGAGAAGAGAAGAACAAAAUAUUAUUUUACCAUCCUAACACAGAUCAUCUGGAUACACAGAUUAAGAAUGUCGGAUUGGCAGAAGCUAUCAUACAAUUCACAGCGUCUUUUAAACCAGAUGGACCAAUCAAAUCUGUUCAUACACUUAAAAGACGUCAGAUGUACUUUCAACCUGAACCCAACUUCUGGGUAGUCAUGACACUGAAUCUGCCAUUCAUUAGAAAGAUUAAGGAGGGCUCAGAGAUAAUUGAAUAUACAGAAGAGGAUGUUCAGGAUAAUGUCUAUGAAAGUGUACUUAAGCAGGCUUAUCACAUGUACAGAUUAUUCUCAGGCACCUUUGUGCAAGCAAUUGAGAAGACCAGUCUUGAUAUUUUGAAAACUAAGCUUGAACAAUUCUUCACCAGUUACUUUACUACACUCAAAUUGCACCACUGUGAUAUAGUGAAUAUAUUCAAUGGUAUACAAUGUCUACCAUUGGAUAAACAGACGUUUUUGAAUGUCCAAUGCUUCAUCAAUGCCAUGGAAUGCAAUUUUCCGAUUAUUAAACACACCGCCUUCCUUUAUAAUGACCACAUGAUCUGGAGCGGGAUAGAACCGUCCAAUAUGCAAAUUGUUUAUCAAUACUUGAUUAAAACGUUACUGCCAGCUCAUCUGGGAUCUGAGCUGCUGUGCGGUUCCAUGCCGAGAAAUCAACCCUCGCCGUUCGCAGCUCUUCAUCACGGCAGAUUCAUCACGGGGCCCGAAAAUCUAAAGGCCUCAACAUCUAUUGGUAAAAUUCCCAGAGUCCAUCUGUACUCAGACACGGACUGUACAAUCUACCACUUAGUUGUCUAUAGAGCUUUAAGUGCUUCAGUUUGCUUAUUUAUCGAAGAAAAGGAAGAACUGGAUAUGAAAAUAUUCAAGGAACUCGAUGAUUUCAUUGGGCCAGCACUCACGGUUAUAGUAUCUGACAUCGCAGAGUAUUGUACUAAGCAAGUGGUCACACCUUCCAGUCAGUCUGAAACGAAUCCAAAGUUUAUCUACUUUAACAAAAUGAAUUUGGCUUACAAGAGUUCCGUGCAUCUAGACAAUAAACAGACAGGAAAUAUAGCCGUUACAAAAGAGUGUCUUAAACUGAUCAGCGAUAUUAAUGCUAACAAAGAUUUGCUCGAGUACGCAGGCGAAGUUAUUGUUAAGACUAUGAACGAUUAUUGGGUUGUAGGUAAAAUGAGCAACUUGCGAGAGUUCUACGUAGCACUGCAGCAGAAGAAUGCCAGUCUUAUUGAAAUUAGCGAUGAAGUUAAGAAGCUGUGCGACACUGAACUAAAGGGUAUUUUCUUCCAUUCCUUGUAAAUUUUGCUAUAAUAUAUUUUAGUUCGUUAAAAGAACGUAUCCGAAUACAUUCUUUUAUUAAUUUAUAUAAUCAAGCGUUUUCAAAAUUCUUUUAAAUAAAUAAAUAAAAUUGUUAAACAGCCUCCUAGAAAGAGAU